CUCUCUCUCCCUCCCACUGUCAAGUCUCCACCUCAUUUCCUUCACCAGUCACACAGACUUUCACUCAUCUGGCUUCAUGUUGCUGUGAUUUCUACGUCUGUAAAGCCCCGUGUGACUCGUGUUGGUCAUGGAGGAGGCACUGCCAAUUGAUUUGACCUACAUCACAGAACGGAUCAUCACUGUAGUGUGUCCCAGAGAAUGCUCAGACAGCUCUUAUCUGCACAACCUCAGCCAGAUCACACAUAUGCUGCAUUCAAAACAUGGACACAACUACAUGUUUAUUAAUCUCUCAAACAAAAAUGAACCUUUCAGCAGACUGCCCCAAAAGGUUGUGGACACAGGCUGGACUGACCAACUGGCUCCAAAUCUCGACCAGAUCAUCAACGUGUGCACCGCUAUGGAGAACUGGCUGCACAGGCAUCACAAACAUGUCCUGGUGCUUCACAGUUGGGGAGGGAAAGGCUUGAUUGGCGUCUUGCUGGCUUCCUACAUCCACUUCAGCAACUUGUCUUCCAGUGCAGACCUUUCUUUGGACCACUUUGCCAUGAGAAGAUUCUUUCACGACAAACUGGCUCCCCUGAUGACCCCCUCUCAGAAAAGGUAUGUGUGGAUGCUGGGGAGCAUGCUCAAGGGGGGGUUAAGGAUGUGCCCCAAUCCAUCCUUCCUCCUCUGCGUGGUCCUGCACAGCCUGCCAAAAAUAAGGCCUGAUGGAGGAUGCAGUCUUUUUCUGCGUGUUUACCAGAGUCUGCAGGCGGUGUGCACAUCUGCUGUUUAUCACGUCAAUGCGGCCCAGAUUGACCGGCUUUACUUUGUGCUCCAGCCUGCUCAGCUGCUCAAAGGAGACAUUAUGGUUGUUUGCUAUGACAAAAACUGGCGGUCAUCGAGUCGUCAGGUUGUGUUCCGGCUGCAGUUCCACACAGGCCUGGUGCACGGACACUCUCUCACCUUCUUUAAAGCAGACUUGGACUGUGCCAGUGAAGAUUCCCGUUUCCCAGAAAAUGGAAAAGUGGAGUUGUUCUUCUCAGAUAGUCCUGAGAAGAUAGCAGGCAGAGAGCUGUGGCACAAUGGACGCUCAGUGACAGUGGACUAUGACACUUUGGAUCCUGUAGUCAGACGAGACUCCUACCAAGACAUUUCCAGUUUGGGAACAGGUUCCUCACUGAAUGGCGGGAUCUAUGCAAAAGUGAGGAAGCCCAGCUCUAAAGAAGGCCCUCCGUUCACUCUGUCUUCCAGUCCUCCCAGCUGCAGUGAGCGUUUCCCAUCUGGCAGCAGUGACUCCGGUCUGUCAGUGGCCUCCCAGGGCCCUACCAGGACUUCCCACUGUCGACCAUAUAAACUUGAAAAGCUUGGAGCUUGUUUUACGGAAUUGGAGCUGGCCCAGUCUUCUUUGCGGGCCAUGACUGAACUAACUUUGUCCAGUGGGGGUGAGGGGGGGAUCACUGGUGAUGAGUCUGGUUUAGGACAGACUGAAAAUGGGGAAACUUCAUCCACGGAGCGGGAGACGGAUAUUUUGGAUGACGAAGAGGAACUGCGGUCUGCUUUGGAGAGGCCUAGCUCUAGUAGCAUGUGCUCACUGUCUUCUGAGGAGCAGCCUGUCCAAAGUGAAAAGGAUUCAACCCAAUCCUGGAUCCAGCAACAACAGAAAGUAGUUAGCGCUGUCGUUACAAGGGACUUAGAUGGCGAUCACAGUGUUACUGAGGAAAGGGAAGCUUCUUUCUUAGCUCCUGAUGCACCUGUUAGGGGGUCCAGCAGCAGAGAGGCAGUGCAGAGGGGCUUACAAGAGGAUGGGGUAGACAACAAACAGUCACCGUGCCAAGAUGAGGAACUAGCAUCUUUAGCCACAGAUAUCGAUGAAUCCAUUGAACAGUUGAACCAGCUCAUCUUGGAUUUGGACCCCACUUUUGUUCCUGUACCGACAAAGUGCUCCCCCCUGUCCCGGUCAGCUUCACUUCACAGCAACGGCCUCAGCCACAAAGGACUCACGCAUCUGACAGGGUGGAAGCAGCAGAAGCAGUUCAGUGACGUGACGGAUUACUGCGGAGGCUACAGUCCUGAGUGGAGAGCCCAGAGUAUAAGGAACAGCCCCUCUCCACUCCGCAGUCCCUCAUAUACCACACAGCAUGGGAAUCUUUACAAAACCAACAGUGUGGACUACGCUGGACAAACAGUCGGCAAUGACCUGGUCCCACCAACGCCGUCCUUCCCUGUGUCCCCCACAACGCCCUAUGUGAAACACUUCUCAGAGUUUUCCCAGAUUCGGAGCGGUGGGCAGUGGGACCAACACAUCUGGACACAAGAUUCGCGGAGUUUCCUGGACAGUAUGAACCAUGCCAGCAGCGCCAUAGAAGGAGAUGUCCCCCCGGCUUCCUGUCAGAGGAGCUUCGGUUCCAUGUACUCAAUGUCGUCAAAUAGUCCCCUCCCACACACAGACAGUUCCACACCUCCUCCAGUCUGGCAGGACCGAAGUCCAAACUCCUUAAACUCUCCUCAUCCCACCCAGCCAUCACCCCCUCUGUCCCUCAGCUCCCCUAAAGCGCACAGCUCUCCUCGGGGGGCUUUGAAGUUUCUGGGGAGCAGACAGACUGACAGCACAGACCUCUCUUCGUUGUUGGGGAAUGGCAGUCUGGAGCACAGCUUGCUAGAGGCCAUGGAGGGCUUGGAGGGACUGGGUCUGAUUGGGGAUGGAGGACUGCCCCCUCUGCUGCCUGAAAAGAGGAGGGCAGGAGAGGUGGGCGACCUCGGAUCACGCUCUCCCUCCUUAAGUGGAUUUUCCAGCCCUCACAGCGGCAGCAGCCUCAGCAUCCCCUUCUCCUCCUCCAUGAGUCCAGACCCACUCCGAGGUCUGGGAGGGGCCCCAUCACCGGGACCCGAAUUCGGCAGUAAGCAAGACACUGUGAAGUUUGUUCAGGACACGUCCAAGUUCUGGUACAAGCCUGACAUUUCCAGAGACCAAGCUAUCGCCCUUCUAAAGGACAAAGAACCAGGUUCUUUCAUUGUCAGAGACAGUCAUUCAUUCCGUGGGGCAUAUGGGUUGGCUAUGAAGGUGGCCACGCCCCCUCCUUCAGUGGUGCAGCAGAGUAAAAAGGCUGGGGACAUGUCCAAUGAGCUGGUCAGACACUUUCUGAUUGAGUGCACACAGAAAGGAGUCCGUCUUAAAGGUUGUCCAAAUGAGCCCUACUUUGGCAGCCUCACAGCUCUUGUAUGCCAGCACUCCAUCACCCCUCUGGCUCUGCCCUGCAAACUCAUCCUUCCUGACAGAGACCCAAUGGAGGAGCUCAAUGAUUCCACUCCACAAACAGCAACAAAUUCAGCCGCAGAACUUUUGAAACAAGGAGCAGCAUGUAACGUGUGGUACCUUGGCUCUGUGGAGCUGGAGUCCCUGACCGGACUGCAGGCAGUUCAGAAGGCCACCACUGUGACUCUUGCCAAGGACCCUCCUCCUCCCUCCACUGUCGUCCACUUCAAAGUGUCAGCACAAGGCAUCACACUCACGGACAACCAGAGAAAGUUGUUCUUCAGGAGACAUUAUGCUGUUAAUACUGUCAUUUUCUGUUCGCUGGAUCCACAGGGCAGGAAGUGGAAACGAAACAGUGGAUCUACAGCUAAGAUCUUUGGGUUUGUAGCGAGAAAGUCCCAGAGUGAGACAGAAAAUAUGUGCCACCUGUUUGCAGAGCACGACCCCGAGCAGCCGGCCAGUGCCAUCGUCAACUUUGUGUCCAAGGUCAUGAUCGGGUCACACAAGAAGUAACACACGGGAUCUGUCAUCAAAUUAUACAAAAAAGAACUAUGACAUGCACACUCCAGCACUUGUUCUUAUAGUCAUCCUGCAAAAUCACUUCUACUGACUGCACUGCAGGAUUUUGCCACUAGAUGGAGCUAAGACUGUCAUAAUAAAGUCCUACACAGAGACGUGGAUUUCAACAGAGAAGAUUCUCUAUAUUUUGAAGGGUUAUAAUAUGAAUGCACGUACUUAUAUUGUGUAUUGUUUGUCACAUAUGACAUUUCCCUUUUUAAUUUGAACAUAUUCUGAAUAUAUUUGAGAAAGAGCAUGUAAAUCCAAAGAUUUUAUUGGUGAAAGUCUUAUCUUUGAACAGAAUCAAUUUCAAUGUUCCACAGGACAAAGGGUGGAUGUCUUGUAUAUGAAAUAUCUUUUGUGAUGUAUUUAUCUCUUUUACAGAGGUGUAAGUCUUCCCUACAUUACCCUAUUAUAUAUAUUUUUGUAUAUUAACUUGUGUACAUUAUUAAUAAAGUCACUAUACAUAAUUAA